AUGGCUUCGAAAACGAAGUUUGACAGUAAUGCCAGCUCAGAAUGUAUUUGUGACUCUGAAAAAGAAGAAACUGUGGAACAUUUAUUAUUAGAGUGCCCUAAAAACAUUGAAAAAAGAUUGAAAUUAGAAAUAAUUACAAAUAUUAAACUCAAAGUAGAAAAUAUAUGUGUAUUAUUAGAAUGUAAAAGGCAUAGAAAUAAGUUCAUAGAAUAUUGUAUAGAUAUAGCAAAAGAAGCGAUAAAUAGAAAUAAGACUAGGUAA